AUGGAUAUCAGCGCCUACACUAAAUCUAUAGCUUUAUCUACCACUUUAGCUGGUUUUAUAAAGGUCUCUAACUUUCUAGUCAAUCAGCUUAGCCUUCGUUACGUUGAUCCAGCUAAUUUAGGUAGACAUUCAUUCAAAUUAGAGUUAUUUUAUGCAUCUAUACAGCAAUUAUCAAAGGACUCUGUUGGUUUAGCGUCUCUCAGUGCUAGUAUAUCUAACCAACAAUCAAUAAACCUCGCAUUUCUCGCGAUUCCUCUAAACGUCAUCACUCUUCUUAUCACUAGAGUGCUUUUUAUUGGAAGCAAUAUAGGAGAUGCUGAUUACAAUAGAGCGUUGACUUUAUAUACCCUUUCCAUACUUUUAGAAGCAUUAGUUGAACCGCUCAAAUAUCAAUCAAAUAAACGGGUUGAAAUAAAAAGGAAAUCUUUUAUUGACAGUUUCUCAUUCGCAGCUAAAGCACUGGUAUCAUUUAUUUUAUUGACGCGUUAUUCUAAUCAUAGCUCCCUCACUUGUUAUGCUUUUGGUCAAUUGAGUUACUCACUUAUUCAGUUUGUAAGCUAUUGUGGUGACAUAACAAUACACUAUCCACGUAUCCUAGCAAAUGAGGCACCCUUUAGUAAGGCUUCUUUACUUUCAUUACGAGCUCUUAUAACACAAGCACUUAUCAAGUUGGGUCUAACACAAGGCGACAAAUACAUCAUUUCUUCACAUUUAUCAGAUUCAGAUCAAGGGGCUUUUGCAUUGGCUGACAAUUACGGUAGCAUGGUUGCUCGUAUAGUUUUCCUCCCCAUAGAAGAGAAUUCCCGGGUGUAUUUCUCGAAAAAUGACUCAGUAGAGCAGGUCUCAAAUGCAAUAGGAUUGAUAUUACGCUCUUAUAUGCUUUUUUUGGUUGUUUUACCGGCGUUUUUACCCAAUUAUGCGCGAACAUUGUUACAAAUACUUUUACCUAAAUACGCGAACUCAAAUGCUGGAUCUAUAUUACCGCAUUAUAGUAUUUAUAUCCCGAUCAUGGCGUUCAAUGGUAUACUUGAGUCAUUCUUACAUAGCACAGCAACAUCUAGCGUUAUCAACAAUCAUUCAAGGUUUUUGAUAAUUCUAUCAGUAAUUCUAAUGCCAUCUAUAUACUUCUCUUUGAAGUAUACGCCAAGUUGUUAUCACUCAAUCAUUGUGGUUUAUGCAAAUAUCAUUAAUUUGGGGCUGAGAUCUCUCUAUGCUUACAGGUAUACCAGUAGCUCAUUGAACGUACCUAAGAUCACACCAAAUAAGGUUGUCUUACUUGCAUGUGGCGUCACAGGAGCCAUAACAAGUUAUUCAAUCUCGCUGUCUUUAGUUCAACACAUUAUCACUGGAGGUGUUUGUGCAUUGACUGUUCUUCUCGUUAUCGUUAUCACGGAACAAAAAUUCUAUUUGUCGACGAUCGACAAGAUUAAAUUGUAUAAUAAUGAUAUAAAGUCUAAAUAAUACACAUGCAGUUCUUCU